AUGGAAUUUUUAACAGAAACGUUAGGCAAGAGAGUUCAUGAUCCGUAUAUGGAGGAAUCUAUGGGCAUAUGGAUCGCCGGACCAAUCAUUGUCGGUUCCGGACCGUCGGGACUGGCCACGGCGGCAUGUUUGAAGUCGAGAGGCGUCUCUAGUUUGAUUCUUGAACGUUCCAAUUGCAUAGCCUCACUAUGGCAGCUCAAAACGUAUGAUCGUCUUCGACUUCAUCUCCCUAAACAUUUCUGUGAGCUUCCAUUGAUGCCUUUCCCUUCAAGCUACCCUACUUACCCUACAAAGCAACAGUUCGUCCAAUACCUUGAGUCCUACGCCGAACAUUUUGGCCUAAAGCCUGUUUUUAACCAGACCGUAGAGGAUGCGAAAUUUGAUAGCCGGUGUGGGGUAUGGAGGGUGAGGACUACCGGAGGAAAGAAGGAGGAGACAACGGAGUAUGCUUCCCCAUGGCUUGUUGUGGCGACCGGGGAGAAUGCGGAGGAGGUUAUGCCGGAGAUUGAUGGAAUUGCCUGUUUUGGUGGGCCCGUCCUCCACACAAGCUCCUACAAAAGUGGCGAAAUUGAAUAUAGAUAA